GAAGAAGAUGUAUUCUCGCGAGAUCUCGUGACACCAGCAGCCGGCAGCUCCAUCAGAAGCCUGUGUAGAAGUGAAGAGAACAUAUGGAUGCAGUUUGUUGAUGAAGCAACAUAUAGCGCGUCUUCAGUCAUGUGCGGGUAGAGACAACACAACGGUGGCUUCAUCAUUUAAAGUUUGUCAUACAUAAUAACUGAAUCUGAGACGCUGUGUGUUCGCUGCUGGCAUGUUGCUAUUAGCAUGUGCUAAUGUUAGCUUUGUACAACGUGAAAAACUCCACCGUGAUUACUAAGUAUUUCUCCUAGUCCAGUUUAUAUCACCUUGUCUCCAACAAUGAAGUGUCACUACGAAAUACUGGGGGUGAAAAGAGACGCUGGAGACGACGAAUUGAAGAAAGUGUAUCGUAAACUGGCUUUGAAAUGGCAUCCUGAUAAAAACUUGGACAAUGCUGAUGAGGCCGCAGAGCAGUUUAAGCUGAUUCAGGCAGCUUAUGAAGUCCUGAGUGAUCCACAGGAGAGAGCAUGGUAUGACAAUCACAGGGAGGCUCUGCUGAAAGGAGGAAUAAGUGGAGACUAUGAAGAUGACAGCAUUGACCUGCUGCAGUACUUUACAGUUACCUGCUACUCUGGCUUUGGAGAUGACGAGAAGGGCUUUUACACAGUCUACAGGAAUCUCUUUGAGUCCAUUGUUAAGGAGGAGAUGGAGAAUGUAAAGGUUGACGAUGAGGAAGAGCAGGAGGAGUUUCCUCCCUUUGGAGACUCUCAGAGCGACUAUGAUACCGUAGUUCACGUGUUUUACGGCUACUGGCAGAGCUUCUGCACCCGUAAGAACUUUGCUUGGAAGGAGGAGUACGACACCAGGCAGGCCUCCAACCGCUGGGAGAAAAGGGCCAUGGAGAAGGACAAUAAGAAAACCAGAGAGAAGGCCCGAAAAGAGCGCAAUGAGCUUGUGCGACAACUGGUUGCUUUCGUGCGCAAGCGUGACCGCCGUGUGCAGGCCCACAGGAAGCUGGUGGAGGAGCAGAACGCAGAGAAGGCCAAAAAGAUGGAGGAGAUGAGGCGGCAGCAGAGGCUCAACCAAGCCAAACUGGCAGAGGAGUACAAGGAGCAGAGCUGGGCGGCCAUGUCUGAGCUGGAGAAGGAGCUGCAGCAGAUGGAAGCGCAGUACGGAGAGGAGUUUGGAGAUGCAUCAGAGAGCGAGGAUGACGAGUUGGAUGCUGAGACACAGGAGAAGAACGGUGAAGAGGGAGGAAAUGCAGAGCAGGCUGAUGAAGACGAACUGAUGAUUGACUAUUACGAUGAUCUGUACUGCCCGGCCUGUGACAAAUCCUUCAAAUCAGACAAAGCGAUGAAAAACCAUGAAAAAUCCAAAAAGCACAGAGAGAUGGUAGCACUGCUGCGGCAACAGCUGCAGGAAGAAGAUGACUCACUUGGUUUGAACCAAAAUGGAAAAGAUGGAAAAGAGGAGGAUGAGGAGCAGGAAGAGGAUGGGGAGGAAGAGGAGGAAGAAGACAAGCCAAGGCAGAAGCUGUCCAAAAAGCAGAAGAGGAAAAAGAAGCAGCAGAAAGUAGCGACUCAGAGUGCUGCAGAGGUGGUGGAGGAGGAGAAACCAACACCAACACCAACACCAACACCAACCACAACCACAACCACCCACGAGGAAGAAGCUACUGAGAAGGCAGCAGAGCCCACAGAGCCUGAGAAGGAGGAGGAACUCCCUCCUGUAGAAGUCAAGAGCAGCUCUGUGAAGACGAAGGGGAAGAAGGGAGGAGGAAAAGACAAACCGAAGAUCGUCAAGUCUAACACGGGAGCAGAGCAGAUUCCUGAGAUGGAAGUCAUUCUGCGCUGUGUGACCUGUAACAACGAGUUCCCCACAAGAAACAAGCUGUUUGACCAUCUGAAGACGAGCGGCCACGCCAUUGCCGUCUCUUCAAACCCUCCUCACAGCUCCAUGAGUAAGAGCAAAAAGGACAAGAAGAAGAACAGAUAGCACCUGAGAAAUUUGGACUCUGCAGGGGGAACGGGUUAUCGUGAUCCGUGGAGGGAGACUUAAAGAGGACGCCAAUGGACUGACUGAUUAUGAAUCGUCCCGAUCGGAACAUUGUGAGCAGUUCUACCAACCUCUACCAGGAAAUUAUGCAAAUAUCUGAACUGAUGAACCAGCUUUCAUGUGUAUGGAAUUCACAUUUGAUCCCUUUUAUCAGAUCCCUUACCCUCCUUUGGUUUAUCAUGAAGAGGUCUUGGGUGGUAUUACUGAAUUACAACAAUAAAGUGAUACUGCAUGUUGGUAUUAAUACAACAACUUGAAAUGACAUGCAUUAAUACUUCAACUUUCAAUUUUUAACAAAUAUUUAAUGUACAGUAUGUCGUUUUAUUUUGGAGGAAAAAAAAACAAUGUCUUGUAUUUAAGCAAAUCUGUUAAGCACUGCAUUUGAUUUAUCAAACAUGGCGUUAUUUCUUUCAGAAAUAAAAGCAGUAACAAGAAAUAAACUGAUCACCGACUGUACAAUAAUCAGAACAAUGUUGAUUCAAUAGAU